AUGGAGGUACAAAAUCGGACCACAGUGACUGAAUUUAUGCUGACUGCCUUCCCUGUGCUCCAGGACCUUCAGAUUUCCCUUUUCCUGUUUCUCUUGUUCACUUACAUGCUUACUCUAAUAGGAAAUAUUGUCAUCAUAUCUCUAAUAUGGGUUGAUCAUCGCCUGCAAACCCCAAUGUACUUCUUCCUCAGUAAUCUGUCAUUUUUGGACAUUUUAUACACGACCUCAGUUACCCCAAAGCUCUUAACCUGCCUCCUAGAAGACAGGAAAACCAUAUCUUUUGCUGGCUGCAUCACCCAAACAUACUUCUUUUUUUUCCUGGGGACAGUGGAGUUUAUCCUCCUGGCAGUGAUGUCCUUUGACCGCUAUGUGGCCAUCUGUAACCCCCUGCGCUACCCCAUCAUCAUGAACAGCAGGGCCUGCCUCCAGCUGGUUCUGGGCUGUUGGGUGGGGGCCUUUCUGUCAGUGCUCUGCCCAACCAUUGUUGUGUCCCGAUUGCCUUUCUGUUACAAAGAAAUUAAUCACUUCUUCUGUGACAUUGCCCCUCUGCUACAGGCGGCCUGUAUUGAUACUCAUUUCAUUGAGAUGGUAAACUUUUUAUUAUCUUCCCUCAUCCUCCUGACCUCCCUGGUGCUCACCACCAUUUCCUACACCUACAUCAUUUCUACCAUCCUGCGCAUCCCCUCAGCCCAAGGCCGUCACAAGGCCUUCUCCACCUGUGCUUCUCACAUCACUGUUGUCUCCAUUGCCUAUGGGAGCAACAUCUUCAUGUAUGUGCGGCCCAGCCAGGACUACUCACUGGAUUUCGACAAAGUGACAGCUGUUCUCACUACAAUGGUGACCCCUCUUCUGAACCCCUUCAUUUAUAGCCUCAGGAAUGAAAAGGUAAAAGAAGUUGUGCGAGAAGCGGUAAACCAAAUUAUGUCCUUGUGUAGGAGAACUUGA